GGCAUCCGGUUCUGGAGACCCGCUGUUGGCUGGUAUCGGUUCGUGUCUUUGUGGGGCAGGUGGUCGGGCUCAGGCCUGCCGGAGAAGGUGGUAAUUGAGCUGGGCUCCGAAACCCGCCUGUCGCGAUUGGGGAAACAUUGUCUUACAAAAUGGUAGAGGACGAACUGGCACUAUUCGAUAAAAGCAUAAAUGAAUUUUGGAAUAAAUUCAGAAGCACUGUCAGUGACACCUCCUGUCAGAUGGUGGGCCUAAGAGAUACCUACAAGGAUUCCAUUAAAGCAUUUGCAGAAAAGCUGUCUGUGAAAUUAAAGGAAGAAGAACGAAUGAUUGAGAUGUUUCUGGAAUAUCAAAAUCAGAUCUGCAGGCAGAAUAAGCUCAUUCAAGAAAAGAAAGAGAAUUUGUUGAAGUUGAUUGCUGAAGUAAAAGACAAAAAGCAGGAAUUGGACGCACUGACCGCAAAUAUCCAGGAUCUUAAGGAAGAAUAUGCUAGGAAGAGGGAAACUAUUUCCACUGCUAACAAAGCUAAUGAAGAGAGGUUGAAAAGGCUACAGAAAUCUGCAGACCUGUAUACAGAUCGACUUGGACUAGAAAUUCGAAAAAUUUAUGGUGAUAAGUUGCAGUUUAUAUUCACUAAUAUUGACCCUAAGCAUCCUGAGAGCCCCUUUAUGUUUUCCCUGAGCCUAAAUGAAGCGAGGGACUAUGAAGUGUCAGAUAGUGCUCCUCAUCUUGAGGGCCUAGCAGAAUUUCAAGAAAAUGUAAGGAAGUCCAACAAUUUCUCGGCUUUUCUUGCCAAUGUUCGGAAAGCUUUUACUGCUAUUGUUUAUAAUUAAUGUAUAAAUAGUAUAUAAAAACCGUUAUCCUAUUGUGUUUCUCUUUUUAAAAAAGGUCUCAUUAUUUGUUGUUUGUCUAUAAUCCGUUUGUAUUUUUGUAACAUUUCUGUGUGCUAUUUCUGUAAAUUAUUUAAAUUAAAAUCUUAGGAAAGAUUUAUAAAGUCAAGCUUUUGGAGGUCAUGGACCAGUAAUAAUAAAAAAUGAGGGGGUGUGGGCCCAACCUAAGGUUUGCAAUUUUUAAAAUGUACUUCACAAAAUAAAUAUUGUCCUAAUAUCAUAAAGGAAAGAAUAUUUUUAUCUUAAACCAAGUGGGAUCUACAG